CCACCCCCACCGUACCUACCAUUCUCUAUAACCAGAAAUUCCUCCCUCCAUAUUUACAUCCCGCACCCCCAUAAAUUAACUAUUUCUAUUUUGCCACCUCUUUAAUCUUUUAUCAUAUAAAUCUGACCACAUUACAAUUUUCUGCUUCUGCCAUGAAUUCUCUUCUCUCGUUAAUUUCUUUUAAUUCCAUCAUUUUUAUUACAGCCAUUUUCUUCCUAAUUAUCUCUCCCUCGUACUGCUCAAAUCAUAAGCACCGACCAGACACUUUCAUGGUUUUGUUAGUAGAUGAAAAGGCAAGAAUGGGUUCGAUGCCGCCGAGCUGCCAUAACAAAUGCAACAAUUGCCACCCAUGCACGGCGGCGGAAGAGCCUACUCUGCCGGGUAACCACCGGGUCGAUCCGAGUUCAUUUCAAGAAACGCCGGCCGGAAAAAUGUACUCCAAUUACAAGCCACUUGGGUGGAAGUGCAGAUGCGGUGGCCACUUCUACAACCCUUAGCUUUUAUAUAUAUAACUCCGGUGAGAAUUAGUAUUUAUAUAUAUAUAUAUUAGAUCCAUUAUAUUGUAAGAUAAUUAAUAAAUUAAUUGGCAUAAAUAAUCUUCAUUGUUUAUUUAGAUUUUUAAAUAUGCAUGCCCUCUUUUUUUUUAAUAGUUAAAUUUUGUAAAUAUGGAAUCUAUAAUGAUAGAUGAACUGGAAUUUGUG